AUGAAUACUUUAAGCAGUAAUAAUUUUAAUACAAUAAAUUUAGAAACACUUAGUCCAUUAACUCAAUUUGAAAUAAGAGAUUUAUUAAGUAUAGAUGCUCCUUUAUUAGGAAAUUUACAUAUUUCUUUAACAAACAUAGGAUUUUAUUUAACAAUAGGUGGUUUCAUAAUAUUAGCUUUAAAUUUAUUAAGUACAAAUUAUAAUAAAUUAAUAAGUAAUAAUUGAUCUAUUAGUCAAGAAGCUUUAUAUGCUACUAUUCAUAGCAUAGUAACAAAUCAAAUUAAUCCUAAAAAAGGUCAAAUAUAUUUUCCUUUUAUUUAUACAUUAUUUAUCUUUAUAUUAAUAAAUAAUUUAAUAGGAAUGAUACCUUAUAGUUUUGCUUCAACAAGUCAUUUUAUUUUAACAUUUUCUUUAAGUUUUACUAUAGUUUUAGGUGCAACAAUUUUAGGAUUUUUAAAACAUGGUUUAAAAUUCUUUUCUUUAUUAGUACCCGCUGGUUGUCCUUUACCUUUAUUACCUUUAUUAGUUUUAAUAGAAUUAAUAUCUUAUUUAGCUCGUAAUAUUUCUUUAGGUUUAAGAUUAGCCGCUAACAUAAUGUGAGUAUAG